ACCUCUAAUGCGUUCUGGGUGAUCAGUUUUUUUCUUUUUCUUUCUUUUUUUUUUCUUUUUCUAUCAAUCCAUCUGUGGUCAAAUAGGUCAAAAUAUGGUAAAAUGAUCAAAUACACGAAAUUAGUCUCCCUAAAAAAAAAUACUCUUUUAAUAGUUCCUAUCGUUUCCGUAUCCAUUCAGCAGCUUCAAUAUAGUAUUGUAACUGCCAAUCAAAUGCGCUUUAAGACAACUUAUAGGCCUAUAACUCAUAUACGCCAUUAUUAUGGAUUACAGUGUCACGUGAUAAUCAGCAUUAAGUAUGAAAGAACGGAAGGUCUACAAGUCAUUGGCCUACUGCGAAAAUCCUUACUGAGAAGAGCCAGACACGAUGUUUGUACCAACCGUUGCCGUUAUUUUUUUCUGCUUUUCACGUAUAGAUACGCUAUACUUAUCAUUCAAUAAGUCUGCGUCAUCAUCAACAACUCAUAGUUAUUUUUUGCCUGAAAAAGUUACGGACGGAGAUGAUAAUUCAAACAUGUUCACGCCUUGUUUCCAUUCAACGCCUGGUUUUCAACAAUGGCUUGAGAUCGACCUAGGAAACGAAUACCUGAUAACACGAAUUACAAUAAUAAACCGAGUUGAACCAGGACCACCUUUGCGUGGUUGUGAUGAUUGUCAUUUGCGACUUAACGAUGCUGCCAUUGGAAUUGGUUCAGGUGGCGACAUCGCAAAUUUUACCAAGUGUGGAGAAUCUGUAACUCUCGCCCAAGUAGAGCUAAGUCCAAUUAUUGACGUAAGAUGUCAAUAACCAAUCAGUGGCCGCUACGUCACUGUAUGGUAUCCUACAAAAUCAGAGCAGUUAAACUUUUGUGAAGUCAGAGUCUACAACGAAAACGAACCAGAUAUAAGAAAAUUCGACAGCACACUUCUCCCUGUUGGAACCUGGAAGCUAAAUAUAAACGCUCUAUUGUAUCAGCUUGACGUCAAGACGACAUCACCAAUGAUAAAUAUUAUUGACCAUCAGUGGACUAAAGUGUUGGAGCCCGUCAACCAAAUCAUCAAAUUAGACAAGAUCAACUUCAGUUCGUUCCACGCUUUUACCGUCGCUUUCUACAUAUAUCCCUAUAAUUUUUCAAUGGGAAAUAUCAUUUUAAUCGGUGAUGCAGAUUCUCUGCGGAUGGAACAAACCUAUUCAAAUGGCCGUCUCUACCAGUCCGAAGUGACCGUAUAUUUUGAUGACCAGCAGCUUACACGGGCCCAUGUUCUAUUACCUGAGACCUGGACAUUUCUUACCCUGGCGUUUAAUGGCACAAUCACACUUUGGAGAAAUGGAGAAAUAAUGAGCUUUAACAAUACUAGCUUAACCUCUCUGGAUGCACAUCAACUACAGAUUGGGAGUGCCACAGGUCAGCUGUUUGCUGAAGUAGCCGCGCUCCAGUUGUAUGAUCGUGCACUGAACGAAGCAGAAAUAAAAUUGGCGAUGUCUCAACCACCAAUUUUCACAAGCAAACGUGCAUUGUUCGAGAUGCUGGGUCCGUUCAAAGGUUUUUCGGGACAAAUCCUUCAGAAAGGCGUCACCAGAACAUAUGGCGACUGUUCUCGAAUGUGUUUAAGAUGUCUUUGCUGUGAUGCUUUCAGAUUCGGGAAGAACGAUCACGUGUGCAUCUUAAUCUCAAAUCACGUAGUAAUCGAUAAUGAGGAAAUGAACUUUGACACGUAUCGAUUAAUCGCUCAGUAUCCUCCUCUGUUGAACAGGAAAGUCAUAUGCUUCGAUCAAGAAUAGUUCGUUCUGACUAGUGAAAUU